GGCUUUGUGAACAUGUACACACAGAACCAGAGGACCCACUGGCAUCAACACGAGACUGAAUAAAGAUUAAUGUCGUUUUUUCCUAAUUUUAUUUUUGUAUGUGUUGAUAAUUGUUAGCUGGGGGCUCCUCUUUAACUCUUAACACUCAGCUGCUGUUUGAUGUUGUGUAAACCUGUGACGGCAGGAACUAAGGCUUUUUUCUGUGGGUUCUCGAAAUCAAAACUUGCAUUCAGUGCAAUCAUCUCACCCACAUGUCUGGUAACACGGACAACAGUAUAGACUGCAGAGAUGAAGGCCAAGAAGAAAAAGAGACAGGAUGACUUCCAGAAGGUCAAGUUAAAGGUGGGAAAGACCAAGCCCAAAGCUGACAAUGCAACCAACACCAACUUCCGUACAAAGGGAAUCCAUCUACCAGAACAGCUGAAGAGAGACACAAGUGGUCCCACUACACACAGACAGCUUGGCAUCAAUGACCUCCUGUCUCAGCUCCACCAUUACAAUGCCAAUGUGAAACAUGGUGCCUUGUUAGGUUUGAGAGAGUUGCUGUCCCUAAGUCCCUCUCUGUUAGAGCAGCAUCUCUCUCGUCUGCUUUCUGAAGUGGCAGCUGUUUUCACAGACAAGGAUGGCAGCGUUCGUGUGGCGGCUACACGGGUUCUCAAGUUCAUUGCACAGUCUGUGCCUGCAGAAAGAGUGGUUCCAUUUUUCCCCCUCCUCAGUGCCCACCUGUCUUGUGCCAUGACCCAUAUUGACCUGGGCAUCCAGGAGGACGCCAUGAAGGUUCUUGAUGUGCUGCUGGAAUACUACCCUGCUCUGCUGGCAGCGCGGCCCGAAGUGCUCUUCACAAACUUCUUGGAGUUGAUCUCUCACAGACAAAGCAGCAGCGGAGGAGCCAAAAAGGCCCAGGAUGUUAAGGGACGGACAUGGUCACUGUCAGUCAACCCUAACAGGGCAGCCACAAGCCAGCAGUGGCGGCUCUCUGUGCUUCUCAGGCUUGGACGCUUUCUGCAGGCUGUAGUUGAGGAAAGACCAGUGGAGGAAUGUGAUAUUUUUGUCCAAGAUGAAGGAGUGUUUGGUUUCAGUGGAGAGGAUAGGUUCUCUCCUCUGUAUCUCAACUGGGAAGAGCUCACAUACAGCAAGGUUGGCAUUAAGGUCUAUGAGCAUUCUGGAGCCAAACCAACUCCACGGUCCACCUUUAGACUCAGACCGGAGGUGGACCCCAGACCUGCAGUGGGAGAGGGUCUGGACUCAGUUGAGGCUGUUCAGAGAUUUGCAGCCACGCUGGUGCCUCUUCUCUUAGAAGUGUGGGUAGAAGCCAGUGCCAGUGACUGUUCCUGGAACAACACGGAGGGCACUCACCUGCUUACUCCAGAUGCCAUGUCAGUAAUGUAUCAGGUGUUGUCUAUUCUGCAGCUGCUGAGAAAACUGGCACCGCAGCAGGAUCACCGAGAUGCACUGGAUGCAUGGUUUCAUAAAGAAUAUCUGGGAGAUUUUAAGCAGCACUUCAUGAAAAACUUUCCCUAUGGUGCCCGGGACACACCCAAACACAAAAAGAAGGCUGAUCUCAAAAGGAGUAAGCAGACCACAGCCGUCCCAGGAUUGACAGUGGAGCCCCUGGCCCUAAACAUCACUCUUUGUCAGGUCAUGGUGUCCCUCAGCCAGAGGCAAGGACUCGGUCGAGAGAUGGAUGGAGACUGGCUUGCGCCUCUGAGGACGUUUGUCCGAGACACCCUGGGCAGCGGAGUGAAACUGAGCUACAGGCAGCUCCAUAUGCUGCUGGGCACUGUGUGGAAGAUGGUGCUCACACAGAGAAGCAAAACAGUGACCGAGGACCUGUUGGCAGCGGUGUAUAUCUACUAUAAGCAGAAGCACCUGACUCUACAGACACGAUCUCUGUUGCUGUCUUUCUACAGCAAGCUUUACCUGCAGGAGCAAGGACACACGCACAUAGCGAGGAGUAAGGUGCUGUGCCGCUGGUUGGCAUCUCUUCCUGGGCAGUUGUCCCAGCUGGGUCACCGUAACCCAGCUCUCUCUGCAAGACUUAUCUUGUCCAUCCAGGCUGCCGCUUCUCGAGGACACAAAGACCUGCUCAACAGUCUGCAAACACAAGCCCUCAGGCUUUAUGAUCCACAGGACGGAGUUGUGGUGCUGCUACCAGCAGAGUCCCAACAACGAAUGGUGCAGCUGCUCUACUUCCUACCCAAGAUGUCUCAGUCUCUUCUGACCAACCUGAGCUGCUGCUGCACCGCUGGACGAAUCUCUGCUGGCCUCGCUGCCUCUCUCAUUCGUAUUGUGCACCUUAGGUCAUCUCUGAGUAGCUGGUCGGUUGGGAGCCAGGAAGCGGCUCUGCAGGACGUGGACUACAUCAGUUUCCUGUUCUCCACCCUGACGGGCUUCUCGUCCGACAAGCUUGCCUCCCUGCAGGAGGCCGGCGACGAGAGCGCCCUGCCUCCCUCCCCUCUGUCUCCCCUCAGCCUCUACCCCACCCCACUGGAGCAGUUCACACAUCACUGGGAUGUUGUUGAGGAAGUCUGCCACUGUCUGGAAACUCUGGGUUCAAAGUCUCAGUGCUUUGACAUCUUGCAAAAUGGCAUUUGCAAAUACCUGAUCAAGUUAGGGGUGGUGCCUGACAGUAUGGCAGCCGGGCUGCUCAGAGCUGUAUCCAGAUUAAUAGACCUGUCAGUCCUGCCCAUUGAGCCCAUGCUGCGCUUCUUGUCUCAGUGCUGCCUCAGCCUGCUGGCUCUUCUCAUCACCCUGGGGCAGGAGUUACCUGCCGAAACCAACCACAAAAGGGAGGCAAUAUGGGGUGCUUGUGUGUCGGCGUUGAGCACCGUUCCUCGCCUGCUGCGAAUGGUUCUGCAGUUAAUGCGCUCUGGAGAUCUGACUGAGGAGGAGCUGCCCCAGCUUGGACAGAUCCUGUCUGUGCUGCUGCAGCACGCGCCGCUCCACAGCCAGAUGUUGGCCAAUGCCACUCUGCUGCAAGAGAUCAUACAACACCUCACGAGGUACACCCGGAGUGCGACCAGGGAGCAGUGGUUGACAGAUCUGCUCUACUAUUACAGUGUAACUGUGGCUCACAGCUCUUCCUCACACAGGGGAAGCCUGGGCCUUCGAGACAUUUACUGACCGUGGGAGCUAACAGAAUGAGCUGGUGUGUUCACCCUGUAAAACACCUUACAGCUACUUUGACAUACCAAAUACUCACAGAGCUCCGUAGUGAUGAGUACAUACAAUACGAUACUUUCAGACACAAACAGUGUGGAGAAGUUUUUCUUGAAUUGUGAGUUAGAAUAAAUACUCCACAUUCUUGUUUUAAGAGCCUCAGCGUUUUUUCUUCUCGUACCUUAAGCUGCCUCUUUGUUGUUUCAUUCUUAGCCUUUUAAUUGUUUGUAUAAGUAAUGAUGUUGCUUAACGUUGUCCAGUGCUUUCUGAGGUCACCUGCUCAUUUUUCAUAAAAAGAAAAAAAAAAAAACUAAACUAAAAAAAAGGCAAAAUAAAGUUAAACACAAGUGCA